AUGUAUGUUAAAUGCUCAGAUGAGGUGGCGAAGGAAAGGAUCCAAAAAACCUGUGAUCUUUAUAAAGAAGGACUGAUUCUUGGCGACCUGUGCCCAGCGCUGUGUGAACAACAGACUAUACGCUAUAAAACAUGUACUAACCACAAAGGUGGAAAAAUAAGUCUUUUAAUGGAUUGUGACGGAUUUUGCUCUUCAGGUAAAACAGUUCCUGCCAUGUUAAAAUCUACAGUAGCCGCUUACCAUGACACAGUUAGGCACAGUAUGUCCCUAUUGUCAGAUACCGUACCGUGGAAAAACAUUAAAGACUUAACUGAUGGGGUGAAGCAAAGUAUAGAGACGGCAUUAGGCCCAAAUAAUUCCAGUUAUUCUACAGAAGACAUUAUCAAAAGAGUGUUCUAUGAAAGUUAUGAGCAUUUUAACACUUCUGCGACUGAUCAACUGGACAAAGCGUUCAUUUUGAGUGUAUGGUCAUUAGUACAACAAGAUGAAUACCUCAUCACAAAAUUAAAUCAACACAGCCCUUUAUUUCCUAAAAUGUACCAUUCUUGUGGGUCAUUUUAUCUAUUGGAAUCCGCACCCCCGGGGGAUAUACUAAAUCCACCUUUAAACCCCCUACUUCCGGAAAGAUCGACAUGGAAAGAACGUGUGAACGUGGCGAUAAGGGUGUUAGACGCUGUUAGAGUGUUGGAUAACAAUUUUCAUCAAACUCUGCACAUGUGUGAUGUUAAAGGGGAGAAUUUCGGACUAACUCCAGAAGGACAACUGAAGCUGAUAGAUCCCGAUGACAUGUUUUUUACCACAAGGUUGGAAAAUAAAUUGAAGGGAAAGGGCCAGUGUCAGACCGACCAUGACUGUAAUAUAAUAUGCGAGUGCCACGGUGUCUGUCUAAAAGGAAAAUGCCAUGUUAGUUUAAAAAAUAACAAUUUGCAGAGCGUAUGUAAAAUGGUUUUAAAAUCCAGAACAACCAUCAUGGAUCUCGGAGUAUUACGAAAAGCACCUGCAUUUAUCAAACAGCGCCUACAAGAUAUGAUAGAAAUAUGCAUUAACUCGCGUGAAUAUAAGGAAAAGCCCAACGAGGAAAUCAGACUCAAAUUACGCAAAAUUCUGCUUUCAUCGAUAUAAAUACCAACUAAUUAAAAUACAGCUCCAGAUAUUUCUUUCCGUUUAUUUCCGACGGUCACGCAUUGGAAAGAUACCAAAGUUUAUGCCACAUAUCUUUGCUUUUGUCAUCAUGAUCAUUCUCAUUCUAGCGAUCCAAAGCUUGUGGAGCAACUCUUUCUGCAAAAUGUCCUUGCGCGUAACAAAUAAGAUUAACACGUUCAUGUAAAACUUUAUAGAAGCC